AUGUGGAAUACAAAUGUGCUUCACAGCAGGUUCCAACCCGAAAACGUAGAGCAUAAUAAAACACUAUUCGAGUGGGUUAGUGAUCUUGCUGCAAGGAAAGGGUGCACCCCAUCUCAGUUAGCACUGGCCUGGGUUCAUCAUCAAGGAAAGGAUGUGUGUCCGAUACCCGGAACCACCAAGAUUGAGAAUUUUAACUAG